ACGGCAUCCGGCAGUACCCCACCGCAGGGCACACCGUCGCAACCCACGUCCCCUCUUAUCAUCGCCCACACUCGUGACCCUGGAAACUUCACCGGAUCCGGGGAUCAAGAUGUAGAACAAUGGAUCCACCUAUACGAAAGAAUAAGCGUCCAUAACAGGUGGGACCCAACUAUCAUGCUUGCAAACGUCAUUUUCUAUCUACAAGACACAGCCCGAACCUGGUUCCUCACCCACGAGGAAACUAUUACGUCUUGGGACAUGUGUAAGGAACAGCUGCAACAUCUCUUUGGCGAUCCUACUGCUCGAAGGCUCUCCGCGAAGCGCAAGCUUGCUUCACGUGUCCAAACGCCAACGGAAUCCUAUAUUACGUACAUUCAAGAUAUUCUUUCCCUUUGUCAGAAGGCUGAUCCUGUCAUGACUAACGCUGACAAAGUAACUCACAUUCUUAAGGGUAUUGCCGACAAUGCAUUCCAGUUGAUUGUAUUUAAAGAUUGUGCCACAGUGGAUGCUGUUAUACAAGAGUGCAGGCGCUUCGAAGAGGCUAAAAAACGCCGGAUCACAGCCAACUUCACACGCCUGCCCAACACGACACCAACAUCCACCUGUGAGGAUCCGCCUAUAUCCGAGAGCCAAAUCAUUCGGAUACUCCUAAUCGCUCAGGCUGCUUUGGCCUGUCCGUUGUCGCGCCAGCAUGACCCAGCGGACCGCUCCGUCACUGUGCCACUAUCAAGUUUGAAGACUACUCAAGGACACGUAGGCGGCAUCACCUUCCUCGCCGACAACGAGGACGACGGCAGAAACAAGCGCCUCGUCUUUGACGAAAGCACAAGAUCGGCAUCGACAUCAACCGUGGCCUACGAAGCUACAAAAGGGCUGUCUGAACGGUGA